AUGGCGGCCCAAGAAUACUCCCUCGGAACGCAGGCUGCGCAAGAACUGCCAGGUAGUCACCCACCACACCCAUAUUCAUCUCAGCCACAGAAGCCGCCACAAUAUCAACAACCACCUGCGCAACAUUACCCGCAACCAAACGUUCAUAAUCCUGCGUAUGCGAAUACGCCUCCUCCGUCCUAUUCAGCAUACUCCCAGCAACCGCAGCAACAACCACAUGGUUAUCCACCUCAACAACAAUACCAGCCUUACCCUGAGAAGAACGCUCAAGCCAUGACAGCGCCAUACCCACAAACACCACCCGCAGGCUACUUCCCUCAUCAGCAGCCAAUGCCGCUACCAAAGCAAGCACCCCCUCAAAACAACGGUUACUUGGGUGCUCCUCUCCAACACCACAGAAGCCACUCGCAACCUGCACGUGUGCGCUUCGCAGACCAAGACUCAGAUCGCAGCACAAGUCUAGGCUCCGUGUCCGAUCCCGACGAGUAUCCGCCGCCCCGCCACAGCAGCAGCAGACACCAUGGUCGACACCGCAGCCACUCAACCCGCGACUACGAUUCUGACAGAGACCGCAGCGACCGCGAUCGCGACCACCGUAGACACAAGCCUAGGAAAACCCACUCAUAUGACAAAGCACAUGAAGAGAAGCAUAAGAACAGAGAUACCUUCCUCGGCGCAGGUGCAGGCACCAUCAUCGGGGACGCCAUUUUCCCUGGGUUAGGCACUGCAGCGGGGCUAUUGCUAGGUGGAUACGGUGGUCGGAAGUACGCUGACACGAGGAGCAAGAGUGACUAUGACGGAACAAGUAAGGAAAGGAGGAGCCAUGGAGGUAGUAGGAGGUUGGGGGAUGAUGGAUGGGAUGAGAAGACUAGGACGUAUCGCAAGGGUGCUGCAGUGCGAUGA